AUGAGGUCCUCUACAAACGAUGCGCCUGGGAUGGUAGGCGCCAUACGACGCUUCUGGCAACGGUCCUAUGCCUCCGACUAUGUUGGCUUCGCGCUGCUCAUGGCAGCCUAUCUAUAUGUACAAUUUUUCGUCGAACCUUUCCACCGAAUGUUUACGCUAGACGAUCUCACCAAACAAUACCCUCACGCCCUUGUCCAACGGGUCUCCUCAGGCGAGAACAUCCUGUAUGCUGGUGUAGGACCGUUGAUUCUCAUCAUUGUCUGGGCUCUACUGUUUCGACCUGGGCUUCACAAGACGCAUAUCACGGUUCUCGGCCUUCUCAUCAGCCUCUUUCUGACAUCGCUCCUCACCAACAUCAUCAAGAAUGCCGUCGGUCGUCCUCGUCCGGACCUAAUAGCACGUUGCAAGCCAAAACCAGGGACGCCCGAACACGAGCUCGUCACGAUUUCGGUUUGUACAGAAACAGAUUACCAUACGCUGCACGAUGGCUGGAGAAGCUUCCCAAGCGGGCAUAGUAGUUGGGCGUUUUCUGGACUUGGAUACUUGGCCUUUUUCCUUGCAGGACAGCUGCACGUCUUUCGACCAUAUGCAGAUUUCGCCAGAGUUUUGAUCUUUUUAGCACCAUUCGUGGGUGCAUCGCUCGUUGCGAUGUCACGACUUGCUGAUUACAGACACGAUGUCUUCGAUGUGACAUGUGGUAGUAUGUUGGGACUUUCAAUUGCGUACUUCUCUUAUCGACGAUACUAUCGUCCCUUGAAGCACCGGAAAUGCGAUGUGCCAUAUCCCAACCGAGCAGACCAUGCUUCCGGAGGGGCAGCAAACAAAGUCAGAGAUUUGGAACAGCAGAUAAAUGAAGACUUCACGUUGGAUGAUCUCUCCGAGGACGAAGCACAGGCGCAUCUUUUGACGAGUUCGGGGCCAUCGAAUACAGAUAGAACAGAAAACAGACACCCGCCAUAG